AUGUUCGACCGUUCGCAGCAUGGCCUGCAGCGCGUCCGCGACAUCGUGCAGAACCUCCGUUCGUUUGCUCGGCUCGACGAAGCGGAACUCGACUACAUGGACGUCAACGCGGCGUUGUUUGCCGUUUCGCAGCUGCUGCACCAUGAAAUCGAGUCGCGUCAGAUCGAACUGUCCUUCGACCCCGGCGAAGUGCCCGACAUUCUGUGCGAGCCCGUCAAGAUCCAACAGGUGCUGCACCACUUAUUGCUAAAUGCAGUCCAAGCGAGCCAACCCGGCAGCCAUAUCUCGCUCCGUUCUUCCCGCUGCGAAGAAGGUGUCCAAAUCGAAGUUCAAGACCAUGGCUGCGGUAUGUCAGAUAGCGAGCUAGCUCAUAUCUUUGAACCCUUUUUCACAACCAGGGCCGUAGGAAGCGGCCAAGGGCUGGGUCUCGCGGUCAGCUACGGCAUCGUCCGCGACCAUGGAGGUUCGAUUCAAGUAGUCAUGAAGAAUAAGCCAUCGAUUUUGCUGGUGGAUGACGAGCCAGAUAUCUUGCACUCGCUGAUUGGCCUGCUGCGCCGACAGUUUACCGUGCAUACGGCGACGUCAGGCGAAGAAGCUUUGCAAAUCAUGGCCGAGCACCCCAUUGCCGUCCUGAUGACCGAUCAGCGUAUGCCGGAAAUGACAGGGGCCGAACUGGCCAGUCAUUGUUGCCGGCGGUUCCCCAAAACCACGCGAAUCCUUUUCACUGGAUAUGCGGACAUCAAGUCGGUCAUCGAGGCCAUCAACACCGGCGGACUUUACCGCUACGUGACGAAGCCUUGGGACCCGGACGAACUGAUCGAUCUGCUUACCGAAGCGGUGGAAGUUUACGAAAAAGAAACCGCUCAUCGGGAAAUGCUCCACCAGAUGCAACGCUAUGUGGGCAUGGGGCAGCAGAUCUCGCAGCAAUUACGGCUCGGCCAAGAUGGGCAGACCAUCGAUCAAGACUUGCUGCAAUCGUUCACCGAAACCGGCAAUUU